GCUUGUCAGUUGUCAUCAGAAAACUGUUAUAUGUAACUCUUCGGCUGUCGAUUUUGUGGAAUCAAAAUAUUAUCCUCGAUAUUAUUUCGGAUGAAAUUAAAGGAUAAUAAAAUUAUGCUAAAAACUAAAUUUUAUAUCCGUCAAUAAUUUGUUCACGAAGAAAAACAACAGCAAUAAAAGUCCUGAAAAGGUUUCAUCGCUCAGACUGGACAGAUCGACGUUCCUCGAGGACAACGGGCAAAAUGUUAUCCCAUAAAUGUUCGAUGGGGUUCAAGUCUGGAGAACGGGCUGUCCAAGCUAAGACCCUGAUGUUAUGCUGUUGAAGAACAGACAAAUAUGGGUGAAACUGAAGGAAAUGAAAUCGACACAAAAGAGAAACUCAAUACAUUGAAAAGUUGGCUUAACAAGAUAAUGAAAAUUGUAAUGACAGACGGAAGAGUUUUAGUCGGCACAUUUCUUUGUACAGAUCGGGACGCUAAUGUUAUCUUGGGUGCUUGCACUGAAUACGUCAAUUUUGAAGUCCGAGGUCCGUUCGAAGAGUCAAGAGUUCUAGGACUCGUGAUGGUGCCAGGAAGGCACAUCGUCUCAAUACACUUGGACGUUUCAAACGCAUCUGCUGAAAAAGAGCAUAUUAAGUCAGCACAAGAAUCGUCUACAUCUACUCAAGAGGGAUUGUAUACAUAAACACAAAGUACACUGUAAAUGAUUUUUUAAAAAUAUAAUUGCGAUAAUUUAUUGUUA